AGCAAAUGUUCAGAGUUGAUGUUUCUCCAUUUAAACAGCCAGAAUCGACUCUAUACAGAAUAUCAGUGUUUCAUAGGAACCUUUAUCAAAGCUAAGCCAUGAUUUACGUGUAGCUGCUUCAUAGAAAUAAGAGUCAGUGCUGGAGAUCAGAUUCUGUUUCAUCAUGGAUCACACACAAACAUCCACAGAUGAAGAGUUUUCUCCAGGAUGCAGUCCAGUUCAGCAGAAGAGAUCAGAAGCAGAGUCCAGCUGUGUGUCUCUGAGGAGUGAAGCGUCUAUGGAUCCUCCAAUACUGUUUAAGACUCGAGAUACAAAGAUUGAUCUUAGUUCAGUUCAUCAGAAGAGAUCAGAAGCAGAGUCCAGCUGUGUGUCUAUGAGGAGUGACGAGUCUAUGAUUCCUCCAAUAGAGUUUAAGAGUAGAGAUACAAAGACAUAUCUCAGGCAUGAAGUCCUCAACAGGUUUAGAUCAAAUCUGAUGAAGAAGUUUGGUCGUCUGUAUGAGGGAACAGCGACGCAGGGAAACCCAACACUCCUGAAUGAGAUCUACACAGAGCUCUACAUCACAGAGAGUGAGAGUGGAGAGAUCAGUAAUGAGCAUGAGGUGAGACAGAUUGAGACACAAUCCAGGAGAGCAGCAACAGAGGACACAGCCAUCAAAUGCAAUGACAUCUUUAGACCUUUACCUGGACAAGACAAAGCCAUCAGAACUGUGCUGACAAAGGGAGUCGCUGGCAUUGGAAAAACAGUCUCUGUGCAGAAGUUGAUCCUGGACUGGGCUGAAGGGAAAGAGAAUCAGGACGUCCAGCUCAUAUUUCCACUGCCUUUCAGAGAAAUCAACCUGAUGAAGGACAAAACACUCAGUCUUUCAGAUCUUCUUCAUGUGUUUUUCCCUGAAACUAAAGAAAUGGAAAUAUCCAGUGAUGAAUAUAAAGUGUUGUUCAUCUUUGAUGGUCUGGAUGAGUGUCGUCUGUCUCUGGAUUUUCAGAGCGCUGUGAGGUUAUGUAAUAUAAGUGAAUCAGCCUCAGUGGACGUGCUGCUGAUGAACCUGAUUGUGGGGAAUCUGCUUCCCUCUGCUCUCAUCUGGAUCACCUCCAGACCAGCAGCAGCUGAUCUCGUCCCCUUUGAGUGUGUCCAUCGAUUGACAGAGGUACGAGGCUUCAAUGAGCCACAGAAGCAGGAAUACUUCAGGAAGAGAAUAAAAAAAAAGAGACUGGCUAAAAAAAUAAUCUCACACCUGAAGUCAUCAAGGAGCCUCUACAUCAUGUGCCACAUCCCAGUGUUCUGCUGGAUCUCAGCCGCUGUUCUGGAGAAGAUGUUGAGUCCAGCAGAGAGUGGAGAGAUUCCCAAGACUCUCACUCAAAUGUACACACACUUCCUGAUCCUUCAGACCAACAUCAAACAUGAGAAGGACUAUGAGAAGAAGGUGACAGAUGAAGACAUGAUCCUCAAACUGGGGAAAGUGGCUUUUGAGCAGCUUGUGAAAGGCAACCUGAUCUUCUAUGAGGAAGACCUGAGAGAGUGUGGCAUUGAUGUGACAGAAGCAUCAGUGUACUCAGGAUUGUGCACUCAGAUCUUCAGAGAGGAGUUGGGCUUGUAUCAGGGGAAAGUCUUCUGCUUUGUUCAUCUGAGCAUACAGGAACAUCUAGCAGCUCUAUAUGUGCACCUCUCCUGUACAAACAACAACAUAAAUGUGUUUGAGCCAAUCACCAAACAGAGUUUACAGUCUAAAGUGAAGACCCGGUUUCAACAUGUUUCAUUAUCUGAGCUGCAUCAGAGAGCUGUGGAUGAGGCUCUUCAGAGUAAAAAUGGGCAUCUGGAUCUUUUCUUGCGGUUCCUUCUGGGUUUGUCAGUGGAGUCUCAUCAGAUUCUCCUACAACAAAUAAUGACACUGAAAAGAAGCAGAUCUGACAGAAAUAAGAAAACCGUUGAGUACAUCAAGAAGAAGAUCAGGACCAUUGACUCUCCAGAGAAAUCCAUCAAUCUGUUCCACUGUCUGAAUGAACUGGGUGAUCGUUCACUAGUGGAGGAAAUACAACAGUAUCUGAAAUCUGGAAGAAUAAAGGAAACCAAACUCUCUUCAUCUGAGUGGUCAGCUUUAGUUUUUGUGUUGUUGACAUCAGACGAGGAACUGAAUGAGUUUUGUCUUGAUAAAUUUGUUAAAGGUAAGAAUAAGGCUGAAAAUAUGGAAGUUCUUCAGAAGCUGCUGCCUGUGAUUAAAGAAUCCAGAUCAGUUCAGUUGAGUGAUUGUGGCGUCACAGAUGAAGGUUGUGCUGCUCUGGCUUCAGCUCUGAGAUCAAACCCCUCACACCUGAGACAACUGGAUCUGUCUAAGAAUAAAAUAGGAAAAUCAGUGAAGCUGCUCUCUGAUGUACUACAGGAUCCUCGCUGUAAACUGGAGAAACUGUGGUUGUGUUAUUGUGGCGUCACAAAUGACGGUUGUGCUGCUCUGGCUUCAGCUCUGAGAUCAACCCCCUCAAACCUGAGACAACUGAGUCUGUCUGGGAAUAAAAUAGGAGAUUUGGGUGUGAAGCUUCUCUGUGCUGGACUGGAGGAUCCUCACUGUAAACUGGAGAAACUGUGGUUGAAUGAUUGUGGCGUCACAGAUGAAGGUUGUGCUGUUCUGGCUUCAGCUCUGAGAUCAAACCCCUCACACCUGAGAGAUCUGGAUCUGACUAGGAAUAAACCAGGAGAAUCAGGAGUGAAGUCACUCACUGAUCUGAAAGAUGAUCCACAUUAUAAACUGGAGAGAUUGUACUAUUACUUUCAGUAUUCAGACAUCAGUCCAGUUUCCUCAGGAUCAGCUGAUGGUGAAUAAGGAGCCGCUACAGAGAUGUCACAGUCACACAAUCAACAGAGACUGAAGACACAGAGACACACAGCAUCACAGAAAGUUAAAACACAGGGCUUAUAGGCAGAGCUAGCAAUGGCAGGUGUGAAAAUUCAUUACAAUAUUUUUUAAUUUAAACUGGAACCAAUUGCAAUUUUUUUGGUUUGCUCAUUUGCAUUGAUGUUAUGCCUUGAGACACUAACAUGUGUGUAAUGGAUCAAGCAGCGCCAGAAUCUGGAGCAGGAUCUAAUUGAUGAUAGCUGCGUUGUAACUGAUGCUUGUGUGUCAGCUUGUGAUUUUAAACAUGUCCAAAAGAAGAAGUUUGAGCUGUAAGGGUGAAUAUUUGAGGAGAAAUGGAACGAAAGGUAUGUUCUUUGAGGUCAACUCAGACUGGUAUGUUUAAUCAUGACCCAUGGUUGUGAGAAAAGUUUGCAAUAUAAACGGCACUAUGAGACACACUGGUCACUUCUGACAAAAAAAAAAAAAAAGAGGUAGGAGUGUGUGAUGUUUAUCAUCUACUAUAAUAUAGUAAUUGUUUUAAUGAUGUGCGAAGUUACAAUAUAUAAUUCUGCAAAAAAAUAAAAACAUGUCUUGAGGGUCUUUCACUGCAGGACGUCUUACUGUGAUGUAAAAUAAUUCAAACUGGUUUUCCCUCAAAAUGUCAUCACCAAACAUUUCCAAAUAUGUUCAAAAGAAUAAAAAACGACAAAAUACGAUGAAACGACAAAAAUUAUCAAAUAUUUCCAAAUCGUCCUCACACUGAUUGGAUCCUACUGCGACGAGGACGAGUCCCCAUUUGUUACGCCCCGUGGCUCAAAAGAGACGGAACAAAAACAGCGACAUACAAGAAAGAAAGAAGUAGAAUACAAUCUUUAUUAAAAAAAAGAAAGAACAACACAGAAUGUAUCUGUCACGAAUCUGGUCUGCACUCCCGUUCAUUCACCACCAGAGGUCACUCGCUCAUCAUAUUGACUUUCACACCACACAUCACAUGGACUGCAUUUCCCAUCAGCCAUCUCACCAAGCACACGCACACAGCUGUCAAUAAUCACUCAUUGCACUAAUCACACGCACACCUGAUCACACAGCAUCACUGAUCACACACACUAUUUCAACCCUGGACAUUCUCUCCCUCGUUGCCGAGUAUUGUAUGCUUCAUCGCUGCCCUAUGGAGCCCCGUUAGUUUUCCUUGCCUUGCCUUGCCUUGCCUAGCCUAGCCUUGCCUUUGUUGGAUUGUGUUUUCCCCUGCCUGGACUAUCGCUGACGUUUCGGUUUACCCCUCCUGUCUCACCCCUUUGGAUAUUGUUCGCCGAUCGCCGUCUCACGCUUGCCUCUGUUUACUCUUUGUCUCGCCCACGUUAUACCUGUUUGCCCCUGUUUGACCCUGCCUGUUAUUACCAUGUCUUUUGCCAAUAAAAGUCUGCAAAUGGAUCAGCACACCUCUCGUCUCGUCAGCCCGGUAACAGUAACAGUCAGGAAUCAGUGAUGUAAAGUUAAAUGAAUGCAUGGAAGUGUAAUGUAGUGUAGCAGUGUUGGAUGUACAAAAGAAACAAGCUUAAAGGAAUCUAAACUAAAUCAAGUCCAGUAUGCAGCUCUCUCGUGGCCAUUCAUCUCGUUUCUUUUAAAAGGCCCAAAAGGAAGUCAACAACAGGCAUCAUCAGUGAAACUACCAGAGAACAAUCACUCGGGAGGAAAACCCCACAUAAGA